UAGGCCAAUCGGACCAUGUCCACCAGUCUAACCACUUGUGAGUGGAAGAAAGUCUUCUAUGAGAAGAUGGAGGUAGCAAAGCCAGCUGACAGCUGGGAGCUCAUCAUAGACCCCAACCUCAAGCCCAACGAACUGGGUCCAGGCUGGAAACAAUAUCUGGAGCAGCACGCCUCAGGCAGGUUCCACUGCUCCUGGUGCUGGCACACCUGGCAGUCUGCUAAUGUAGUCAUCCUCUUCCACAUGCACCUCGACCGUGCCCAGCGUGUUGGUUCGGUGCGCAUGCGCGUGUUCAAGCAGCUGUGCUACCAGUGUGGCACCUCACGGCUGGAUGAGUCGAGCAUGCUGGAGGAGAACAUCGAGGGCCUGGUGGACAACCUCAUCACCAGCCUGCGCGAGCAGUGCUACGACGAAGAUGGCGGCCAGUACCGCAUCCACGUGGCCAGCCGGCCGGACAGCGGGCUGCACCGCAGCGAGUUCUGCGAGGCCUGCCAGGAAGGCAUCGUGCACUGGAAGCCCAGCGAGAAGCUGCUGGAGGAGGACGCCUCCUAUACCGAUGCCUCCAAGAGGAAAGCCCAGGGCAGCUUUGUCUACAACUUCUUCUCAUUUCGCUGGUGUCUGUUUUGGGGUGUCCUCUGCCUGGUUAUUGUCUAUCUGCAGUUCUUCCGAGGCCGCUCCAGCUUCCUCUAG